AAUUUGAACGAGCCAUCCCUAAACGAAUGCAAAGACAUCUUGAUAAGUGUUCAGAUGCACCAGAUAAUGCAAAAUCACCAGAAACUAGAUGUAACUUUGGAAGCUAUAGAAAUGAAGAAGGUCAAAAAUCUUUUAAGCCUUUACUAGAUAAAGCAUUAACAUUGGUUGAAAUGCUCUCUUCUUAUCCAUCUGCU